AUAACACCUACGCAAUGUGUUGAUCGUCCUUAUGAAUGGACAAAUCAGAAUAAAGUUUCCUAUUCAUUUUCACAUAACCUAUAGAGAAGGUGGAAAUACCCAAUCUACACACACAUAUAUUUGUAUAUAAACGGAGGGAUACAUAAAUGUUGGCUGUUUAUUUAAAACAACUCACUGACCAACUCACCAUCCAACUGACCAAUAUUUAUCAUAUUCAACUGAUCCAUUCGUGCAACUUAUAACUACAUAAUCAAUAUGUUCGCAAUUAGCAAGUUCUCUUUCAUUAUCCUCAUCACUCUUUUCAUCUCUCAACCUUGGAUAACAUUGAUUAUCAAUGCUGUACCAGCAUUAAAUACAAAUGAACAAAGUGUUACAUACCCUGGGUUACAAAGUCCUCGGGCUGAAGUAUUCUUUACUGAACCGACAAGAGAAUCAGAAGAAUUUUUAAGAAUGCAUUAUUACUAUCCGAAUUUAUCAGGUGAUAGACGAGUGUUCCGUAAACGUGCCGCUUAUAUUGAUUUACCAUGGGGUAAAUAAUCGAGUGACUGUUUUGCAUUUGCAUCCCGUUAUAUGCACUCACACUCACACACACACAAAUACAAAUACUGAAGCAAAACUCGUAGUGGUAUACUUCAUUUAUCAAAACUUUCGUUUAACUUAUUAAAAUUCCUGAAAGAAAAAGAAAUAUAUUAUUUCAUAAAAACUUUUGAGACAGUUGAAAACUUUAUGUGAAAAUAAAUUUCUCAAUAAAUAUUAUUUUUCUCUU